AAGAGUUUUGACUUUCCUCGUGUACGACCUUGAGAGGAACCGAACCGAAUGAAGUCGUCGUCAACCUAUCAUACAUAUGCGAUUGCAUGCUCGACGGUAGCCAUACAAUACCUUCUCUCUCUUUUUUAGCAACAAUGAUCAGAGCUGCACUGCUCCCUGUUACGUUGCUGCUGUGCCUUGCACUGGCCGACAGCGCCAAUGCCGCAGGGGCGGCGGACGGUUUCUAUGAGCUCAAGAACAAGAAGGGGGAUUUCUCCAUCAAGGUCACCAACUGGGGAGCUACCCUCGUGUCUGUCCUCGUCCCUGACUGCCAUGGGGAACUAACUGAUGUUGUACUUGGGUACGACACCGUUGCUGGAUACGCUAAAGGCGGUGCUGCCGGAUCAACUAUUGGCCGCGUAGCAAACAGAAUCGCCAACGCCCGCUUCGUGCUCGACGGCAGAACCUAUCGUCUCCUCCGUAACGACGGCAACAACACGAUUCAUGGCGGCCCCAGGGGGUUCAACAAGGUCGUCUGGACGGUGAAGGAGUACGUGCACGACGGCGACUCCCCGUACAUCACCUUCUACUACCACAGCUUCGACGGAGAGCAAGGAUUCCCGGGCUACCUGGACGUGUAUGUGACGUACCAGCUCUCCGACCCGUACGACCUGAGCAUCCACAUGAACGCGACGGCGAGGGGCAAGGCGACGCCGGUGAACCUCGUGAACCACGCGUACUGGAACCUCGCUGGCCACGGCAGCGGCGACGUCCUGGAGCACGAGGUCCAGAUAUUCGCGUCACGCUACACGCCCGUCGACGGGUACAUGAUCCCGACGGGCCAGGUCGCGCCCGUGGCCGGCACAAAGUACGACUUCCUGGCGCCGACGCCCGUGGGCGCCAACAUGGAGAUCGUCCCGGGCGGCGGUGGCGGGUACGACAUCAACUUCGCCGUGGACGGGCAGCAGAACGCGAUGCGGCCGGUGGCGCGCGUCCAGGACCCGGACUCUGGGCGGGCGCUGGAGCUGUGGGCGAACCAGCCCGGGGUGCAGCUCUACACCGCCAACUGGCUCAUCAACGACAAGGGGAAAGGAGGGGAGGUGUACGGGCAGUACGGCGCGCUGUGUUUGGAGACGCAGGCCUACCCUGACGCCGUCAACCACCCCGAAUUCCCGUCGUCGAUCGUGAGGCUCGGCGAGGUGUACAAGCAUGAUAUGCUCUUCAAGUUCUCCUACUAGGCUAGCUAGGAUGCAUGCUUCACUUAAUUGAUCGAUCCGUCUUUUGUUUUCGUUUACUUAGCGCAAAAUGAGCAUUGUUUUCUUCGACGGGAUGAAACAUCUUUUCUUAUGGUCUGUACCAUGUUUUUUUCUUUAAUUACAUCCACUUUUUUCUUUA